UAUACCCUAUUAUUUAUAAUUGGAAAAAUAUUCAAAAUAGUCUGAAAAAAAACAAUUGUGAUUUCAGUACUUGCAAUAUCAUUCAUUAUUAUUAAAUCAUGGCGUUGUGUCCACACUUAACGAAAUUUGUUUCUGAAAGAUUGAGAGUUUGCUCAUUAGCCAACAGAUUUAUACACACUUCUUCAACUUUUCAAAAAAAUCAAUCGGGACGUUACAAGAAAACACUCAAAGGAGAUUUCCCUUUAACAUAUGAAAUGGCAAAUCCUCCCCAUGCUAUAGCUCACAGAAAGUCGUGGAAUUCAUGGAAUACAACUAAUUUGGAUGGAGGUUUAAGAGCAUCUGAAACAGCAGUUGAAGAUGUAUUUAUAAGAAAAUUUAUGGUCGGUACAUGGCAUGCAUUAUUUGUUAGCGAAAUUAUAAUAAAAAGACAGCACAAUAUCAUUAGGAUUGCCGGAAUAAUAAGAAGAAGUAUUAAUGCAAGAAAGAUGUAUUUUUUGAUAGGGUAUACAGAGGAAUUAUUGAGCUUUUGGCUUCAAUGUCCAGUUAAAUUAGAAUUACAAACUGUACAAGAUAAGAAAGAUGUUAUAUUCAAGUAUAUUUAAUUCUCUUAAUAAAUAGUAGUGCAUUUUUA